GUUUUAAUAAAGUAGAUGAAAGAAAAAAGUAUUAACAAUUAAACCAAUUAACAGCAACGUUUAAAUUGAUUACCAUCAUGUUGAAAUUAUUUCAAUCAAAGUCUCCAAAUGAAUGUAAAUCGGUUAACCAACAGGUAGCAAAAACACAAAGUGAUAAAUUGUUACAAGAAUCAUCGAUAGCCAAAUGGAUUGUUAAUAAUCAACCACAACCACAACAACAACAAUCAAAUAUCUUUGAUGGAGGUUCAUCUUCAUCCAUAUUUGAUGAAUUCAGAAGAAGAAGAAAAGAAACAACAACAACCGGUGAUAAAAUGAAAGGAGGAGGAAUCGGAGGUGGUGGUGGAUACGCCUCACCUUUUGCAACUAUUAAUUCACCUCUAGAGACAAUUUAUAGUGAUCUGACCAGUAUCAAUGGUCAAGGUAAUCCAGUGAUUAAACAGCAAUCACUUCAAGGAGUGUCAUCGCCAUCAUCAUCUUUACCAAUAGUUUAUCACCAUCACCACCAACAGCCAUCACAAUUUACAACAAUAUCACCAAUAAGAAAUAGAAAUCAACUGAUAGAUAAUAGUUAUCAGGUAAAUCAGCAAUGGACAAAAAAUUAUCCAUAUAAUGUUAAUCUUGACCAGGAGAAAUUAAAUCAAAAUGGAAACAAUAGAAAACCAUCAUCAUUGUCUUCACAUCUUUUCUUUCCUUCUCCUCAUGAAUCUCUUUCCCAAACACCAAAGGAACCAAAGAAACAAUCAACCGAUCCACCACUAAUGGAGAAGAAGAAAAAACAACCAACAAUUAAAUCAAAUUCUAAAUCAACAAGUAACAAAAAGAAAUCAAAAAAUAUACAAAAUGCAAAAUCUACUCACCAAAUUAAGAUGAAAAGCAAAAGAAUCAACCCAAAGGGUAGUGAAAAGAUUGGCUGGGAAUAUAAAGAUGUAACAUUAACACGAAUUCCUCGCUUUGGAUUUGGAAUUGCUGUCAGUGGUGGUAGAGAUAAUCCACAUUUUCCAAGUGAUCCUUCAAUCGCCAUUUCUGACGUUCUCAAAAAUGGUCCAGCUGAAGGGAAACUUCUUCCUUCGGACAGAGUAAUGAGCGUAAAUGGCGUUUCACUGGAAUGUGUUGAUUACAAUACUGCCGUCCAGGUAUUACGAGAAUGCGGUAAUACAGUUAACCUGUUGAUCAAACGACGGGUUGUCCUACCUGGACAUGAUCUUCUUAAAGUGACCUUAACUAGAAGUAAUAAGAAAGAUGAUUUUGGCAUAGUUUUGGGGUGUCAACUGUAUAUUAAGGAAAUUUCAAAUCGAAGUUUAAUUGACAAAGAAUGUAACAUUGCCGAAGGUGAUGUUGUAUUAAAGAUAAAUAAUACAAGCACUGAUAAUCUUAGCCUGAAAGAGGCUAGAAAAUUGAUUCACAGUAGUAAAGAUAAGCUUAAUUUGGUUUUAAAGCGAGAACAGAAUAAUAAUAAUAAUAAUAAUAACAUCUCUAAUAAUAGUAUUAAUAACUCCAAUCAUGUAAAUGAAUUUAAUGCACGUUUUAACGGUUCUAUGUCAAAUGGUUACAAAGAGAAUGGGGUUACCAACGAUAUUGCCAAUCAACGAUCAGCCUGGUCUAAUCAAAAUGUUUAUGUUCAACCACCCACUAGAGGUACUUUUGGAAGGUUAAUGACAUCAACUAAUGAUGACCAUCGGUCAAAUAGUAUGAAUAGAAUGCAACAACAACAACAGCAAGCAAAUUCUAAUGCCUCUGGAAGACAUCGAGGUCCUAUUACUGAUUUGUCACAAUUAACCUCAUUGGAUCCCAAUAUACCGGCUGUCAAUUCAAUAUUGAAUAAUUCACAUACCGGAGGCGGAAGUGAGAUUAAUGGUGAGGGUGUUUUAAGCCCUUCUGGUAGACCUCCGAUACCACGACCUGGUAAAGGCGGUGUUUUUGGUGAAGAUGAAAUGUUAUCCAUGAGACGAACCAGUAUGAACGUUUCAAGUGAACCUCGUUUAAUAUCCUUCAAGAAGGAAGGUUCAGUUGGUAUUAGGUUAACUGGUGGUAAUCAAGUUGGAAUAUUUGUGUGUGCCAUACAACCAGGUAGUCCUGCAUCUUUACAAGGUCUUCAAACGGGUGACAAACUGUUGAAAGUUAAUUCUAAAGAGAUGAGAGGUUUAACCAAGGAAGAAGCUGUGAUUUAUCUUCUUAGUGUUCAAGAUCAGGUUGACCUGAUUGUGCAGUUUUGUAAGGAUGAAUAUGAGGAAAUCCUUGCCAAUCAAAAGGGUGACUCUUUUUAUGUUCGAACCCACUACAAGUAUGAUGGCUCCUCAAAAGGUGAACUUGACUUUCAAAUGGGUGAAAUUUUCCAUGUUGUUGAUACUCUUCAUAAUGGUGUAGUUGGUUCUUGGCUAGUGUAUCGUGUCAAUGGUAAAACGGAUGUUCAAAAAGGAGUAAUUCCAAAUGAAAGUCGAGCUGAAGAACUUUCUGCUCUCAACAGUGAGAAUAACAAAAAAGAUACUUCAAUGGGAAGCUCAUCUCGUGUUGGAUUUUUCCGUCGACGAAGUGCUCGUCGAUCAAAAUCUUUAGGUAAAGAUCAUUGGGAAGAUGUCAUUUUAUCUGAUGGUGGAUCCAAAUUUUCAGCCUAUGAGAAGGUCUCUCUUAAACAUCCUGGUUUCAUUCGUCCUGUUGUAAUGUUUGGUGCUCUUGCAGACAUUGCUCGAGAUAAACUGUUGAAAGACUAUCCCGAUAAAUAUGCGUCACCACACACGGAAGAUUCAGACCAAGAUCCCGAUUGUCCCGGUAAAAGCCAGAAAUCUCUUGGAAUUAUUAGAUUGAGUGCCAUAAGGGAGAUUAUUGAGAAAGGCAAACAUGCUCUUCUCGAUGUUACCCCAACUGCCGUUGAUCGUCUUAAUUACGCUCAAUUUGCUCCCAUUGUAAUAUUUUUACGAGCCGAAAAUAAGACUAUUGUGAAAGAAUUGCGAUCACGUCAUGUUAAACCAAGUCAAAAAUCUUCUCGUAAAUUGUUUGAAUCAUCAACCAAAUUGGAAAAAAUGUAUUCUCAUCUGUUUACAUCGGUAAUUAAUUUGGGAACCGCUGAAAUGUGGUACAAAAAGUUACGUGAAACAAUUGAAAAGCAACAACAGAUCAACAUUUGGAUUAGUGAUUCAAAGCCACCAGAAACUAUAACGGAUGACUUUUUAUUACCCAUGACUUCACGUCUAAGUUACGCUUCAUCACCCGAAAGUGAUCUCGAUUUGGCCAAUGAAUCAAAGCGUGGAGAUAAAGAAGAUAAUUGUGGCUCUUCAAGAUUAGUUAAAGCAUCAAGUGACCCUUCCAUUGCCACAGUGGAAGAACCAAGUACCUUUGGACCUCCGCCAUAUAAUUCACGAUCUCAUCGUUCCGAUUUAAGCCAAACAAUGUCCCCUGCAGCUUAUAGCAAGAAAAAAGAAGCUCUUGAACGAGAUGAAUAUUUUGCUUCCAUGAAAGAUCCUUACAAUGCUCUCUAUCCAAAUGAAAGGUAUCCCAGUAGCAAUGGAAACACCAAUGGACCAACUGUCACCGUGGCUGACAUUCAGCCGAUCUAUAUGAGAACUUCUGUAUCACAGCCUCCAUCUGCUACAAAUGGUCCCGAACCACCUCCGCGAAUUGACCGUGCCAAUAAACCCAAUCGUUUCCGAAGUGCUCAUGAAGCUUUGUUUGGUAUUUCUGAUCGUGAUGCUGAUAAUCCACCGGAUUAUAUCAACACCGCAAUUACACCAACAGGAACUUUACAAGCUUCAACCAACGGAGGUGGAACUAAAAACUCCUCUUUAGAUCGACAUUCGGCCUUGGUCAAUGGUCGUACCAGUUUAAUGAUGGACAACUCAUCGCAUUCCAGUGAUUCCUACAAAUACAUCAGUCCAACAAGUACAUUUGACGACAGGAGGUAUGGCUCAAUUGCCUCAGCCAAUUCAACAUUAAACAUGAACCCUCGACAAAAUCAUGAUACUUAUAUGUAUUCCCGUGGUGGUAAUCCUAAACACCCAAUCAAUGGAUCUCCCUCUAAAUCUAUGGAUCCUGAUUCAAUUAAAGUCAUGUCAAAUUUAAUAGGUUCCAAUUAUUCUGGGGACAAUUAUAGACAAAUUCCACCCUCUCCACCUCCUAAACCAUCAAAUUACCAAACACUACGGAUGAAUGAUGGACGACCUGUGCCUCCUCCAAAACCAAUGCAUUAUCAACAAGUACGAUCUGGUUGGAGACCUGAAACAACGGAUAAGGAUCAAUUGAAUAAUAAUUCAUUCCAAUUAGUUAAACGUUCCAACUCCUCAGCGAUAGAUAUGUCAGCUGGUCCUCCAGCUUAUUUUCCACCCACACAAGAUCAACCUCCAAACACGCGAGCUCCCGAAGUGCCAACAGCUUCUUAUGUAAAUCAUUCAUCUUUAAGUUCACCUACAAGAAGGGCUCCAUGUUCAGAUACUGACAGUAGUAAUGGUUACAUGGCUGGUAAAAAUAAUUAUGACCCUAGGUCACCCUACUCCUCAAGUAAAUUAUCUUCACAUUCAUCUUCAAUGCUCAAUGGUAACAGUGCCUAUUUAAAUAUCCCCUUCCCUCCUCGAAAUCGUGACUCAAUUGCCUGUUCUGGAAACGGGCAACAAUCAAACAAUGUAAUCAUUUCAGCUCCAGGAUUAACCUCAACGACUCCUCAAUUACAACAACAGCAACACGUCCAGACACCGCCAAGCCUUAUUGACCUUUCCUCUAAUCGUGAAAACCGAGGAAGUGCCUUUGAAUUAUAUCGUAAACCAGGAGACUCUUUGAAUCGAGCUGGUUAUCCUCUUCAUGGUCUCCCUCCUCCUCCACCUCUUAUAUCAGAUCAUGAAGUAAAUGCCAGUCCUUCAAUCUCUGUAGAUAGCAAUCAGAAUGUGAUCGCAAUGGCCAAAGGUACUUUCGGCUCUGCUGGUGGGACACUUCAUUGUGAAGACACUGGUGUUACCAUAAUUAUACCGGAAGGAGCGAUUCCAGUGGGAGUUGAACAGGAAAUAUAUUUCAAAGUUUGUUAUGACAGCGAUAUGCUCCCUCCUCUUGAUAGAGACAAAGAAACACUGACCAGUCCGAUUGUUAUGUGUGGACCUCAUGGAAUUAAAUUUAAUCUACCAGUUGAAUUACGAUUACCACAUUCGCCUACAGUUAAUCCGGCGACAUCUUCAUUCUCACUUAAAUUAAGCGAUACUCCGAAUGGUAAACCAACCGAAUGGCAGAAUGUCGCAUUGGGUACCAAUGAAUGGAUGUCGGCGAGCAAUCGAGAUGAAAAUUACUUAUCGAUUCUUUUGGAUCAUUUUUAGUCAAUCAAAUUAAGGCCAAAUUCUCGUACUCCAAUUUAGUAUCGCACAAGUUGAAAAUCUAACUAUCCAAAAAAAAGCUUCGAUCUGUAAUAACUUAUUUACCUUUUCCCUCUCAAUCAAAUUAACUAAAUGUUCACAUGGGUCAAUAAAAUUAAUUUUCCAAAA